AUGUUUUCUUCCACUGCGACGUGUUUCUCAACCGUCAGUUCUGGCAAUGUUGCAAAGACACAACCCACAUAUACGACGGCCGGGACCAUCUACAACCCAAGUACCGUGCAACCGCUUCAAGCUCCUGUUCGUCGCGGCCGCCUGUCCAAGUGGCCUGCGGGAGGCUACCAGACCGACCUGAGUCUGCUCCCCAAGUCAUUCUUAGCCGCUCUGCCGUUGCCCAACAGCUCUCCCAUCAGAACAAACCCCGAGCAGUACUCGCCCUUGCAACAAAACUACGACCGCGCUGUCAACCCGGCUCUGUUCAACGACACAGACCACACCAUGGCCAAGGUCUACCCGCAGAAGCUGUCUUUUGACUGCGAGCUACCCUCGAUCAAUGCACCAUCUCGCGACGUCGAAGCGAGCGUUGACGGCGGCGAGAGACCUGCGCUUUUGUAUAAUAGCGACGAGAGUAACACUGAUGAUGAGUUCAUCAACAUGGACCCAUUGACUGGCAUGACAUUCAAGUCUCUCCAGAAUCUGGCCUCCUAUCCCAAUCCCAGUCAGAAGAGAGCUCGCAAGGCGCUGCAGGGCGUGAAACCAGCCAGCCUCAACAUUGGCGCCCACGGUCAUCCCACUUCGUCUCCAAAAAAGACUGAAUUGGGCUCAAUUGGAUUGCCCAAAAAGGUUGGCAAUGCAACUACGAGGCAACUAGCCGCUCCAGCCGCAGGAAGAACUAACAGCAGCCAGGCAAACAACACGGCGGUGCCGUGUCCCUUUGACGGCCCGGAUGAUGUUGCAAACAGUUACAACCACAAACAAUCCACGUCUGGGUUCCAAGAAGGCUCCGGAGUUCCUCGACCUCUGACUGCUGGGCCUCCUGGUCAACGCCAGUAUCGCGCUUCCACGUUUGAGUCCACUCUCAAGGCUCUCCAAACCCGGGCACAGAGGCAAACCCUCGGUGUUGAGUGGGACAGCGGCAACAAUAGUCACCGUCCCUCCAGCCUCCUGCGGGAUACCGAGGAUGAUUGGGAUCCUUCCACGGGCCGUUCCGUCACGCCAUGCCCUGUCUUGGACUCAAAAAGCCCGACUGUUCAAUCAGUAGCCACCAGCGUGCUCUAUGACUAUUCGUUGCCCAAGCCUGAGUAUGCCUACAACCUGAACCCUACUUACCACUUCGAAAGCCAUAAACAGACCAUGACAGAUCACGGAGAAGCUGACCAGACGCUGUCUUAUCCAGACAAACCCAUCGUUGGCGAUUCUCGACUGGUAACUGCCACGAACUACCCCACUGCCACGAGUAUCCAGGCGCGCAAAGACCUGACGUACACCUACUGGUAUGCUGGAUCUGGCUUCAUGAGCAAGCCCACCGCAGAGGCAGUCGUUGACGCGCGCUUCCGUCGACUUGAGCACUCUUUUGGGGUGAUUGGCGACAGACGACCUGGUAAAGCAGAGAACCAGCAUCUGCCCAUCAGCAUUGAUGAGGCCAAGAAGAUGCCAGUUUCUGAUCACGCGCAGCCGCUUCUCAACGCCGCCUUCCAGACGUUGCUGGAGUGGCGCGAGCACCAAUGCAGCAACCAGCAGUCUGCUCGCCCGGAACAACAUGGGAACAGCUCAUAG